AAGAAACGGAGGGAGAUUUACAUAGAGCCUACAGAGUGAGCGCGAGGGAAGAGAGCCAGCGCAGAGAAGGAGCAGAGGCGGUGGAUGGGGAAGAGGAGAGGAGAGGCAUUGACUGGAAGCAUACACAUGGACGAGAAGAAAACGGCUAUUUCAUGUGCUCAGCGUGCAUGACUGCAGAGUGCGGCUGUCUGGCUGGAUUGUUAGUCAUCUGCUGCCCCACAGCAAAAGGACAUACAAAGAAACACAGGCAGGCUGGGAAUAGAGGGCUGUGUGCAGAGGAUGAACAGGCGAUGUAGGCUCGCUGGCUCUGAUCGUUGUCCUCAGACCCCGUAGCCACUUGCACUGGUGCUGUUGCAGGCCGUUAGCCUUGCAGUUUUGGCAGCAGCAGUCAGAGCAGUUGAUACAGAAUGAGCUCCAAGCACUCCUCCGACUGGAUUCCCUACAGCACUUUAGACGAUGAGGGCACCAACCUACGACAGCAGAAACUGGACAGGCAGCGAGCGCUCCUCGAACAGAAGCAGAAGAAGAAGAGGCAAGAGCCUCUGAUGGUCCAGUCUAAUGUGGACAGCAGGUCCCGCACUCGACGCACCAAACAGAGCGAGGAACAGGCUCCGCUGGUGGAAUCCUACCUCAGCAGCAACAGCAGCACCAUCUACCACGUGCAAGAAGCUGAACAAGAGGAGGUGAAGGUGAUAUCAGACACGCAGCCGCCUCGCUCAGCCAAAAAGGGCAAAGCCUCAGCCAGCUCCACCCCACAGACAGGCAGCGACAAGAAGGAGAGGAAGGGGAAACACAAAGCGAUAGAUGGCCUGACUUCCCAGCAGGAUGACAGUCAAAUCCAGAUCCUGACAGUGGGCCACUCCACCACAGAGGAGGGCGAGGCAGAUUCUGUUGUGAGCUGCACUCAGUCGCAGAGUAAACAGGAUCUGCGCGUCACCAUGCUCAAGAAAGGCAUAUCCAGCAGUAUGAAUUUUGAUGAAGAAGAGGAUGACGACGACGAAAUAAGCUCCAGUUCUUCACAGCUCAACAGCAACACGAGACCGGGCUCCGCCACGAGCAAGAAGUCAUGCAAGGAAGUGGCUUCAGCACCCACUCCGCCAGUCAGCGAGCCUGCCAUCGAUGUUGAUGAUCUUGAGGAGUUUUCUCUGCGACCUGCGCCACAGGGUGUCAGAGUGAAAUGUAGAAUCACCAGGGACAAGAAGGGCAUGGACAGAGGCAUGUACCCCACCUACUACCUUCACCUGGAGAGAGAGGAUGGCAAGAAGGUGUUCCUGUUAGCUGGAAGGAAGAGGAAAAAGAGUAAAACAUCAAAUUACCUCAUCUCCAUUGAUCCCACUGAUCUAUCUCGAGGUGGAGAAAGUUUCAUUGGCAAACUGAGAUCAAACCUUAUGGGAACCAAGUUCACUGUAUACGACAGUGGUCUGAAUCCCAUGAAGAGUACCACCAGCCUCGAAGCUAGCAAUCUGCGUCAGGAGCUAGCAGCCAUUUGCUAUGAAACCAAUGUCUUAGGAUUCAAGGGGCCUCGUAAAAUGAGCGUCAUCAUUCCUGGAAUGAACAUGGACCAUGAGAGAGUGUCUAUCCGGCCACGAAAUGACCAUGAGUCACUGCUGGCCAGGUGGCAGAACAAGAACACAGAGAGCGUGAUUGAACUUCACAACAAGACGCCUGUGUGGAACGAUGACACGCAAUCUUAUGUGCUCAACUUCCACGGCAGGGUCACUCAGGCUUCCGUCAAGAAUUUUCAGAUUAUUCACGAUAAUGACCCUGACUACAUUGUGAUGCAGUUUGGCCGUGUGGCAGAAGAUGUCUUCACCAUGGACUAUAACUACCCAAUGUGUGCCCUCCAAGCCUUUGCUAUUGCCCUCUCCAGCUUUGACAGCAAGUUAGCCUGUGAAUAGACCCCAGUCUGAAGUUCAUUAGCGAACUGGUCCGUCUGUCCUCGCAACAAGGGCUGAUUAUGUAUCCCUGGGCUGAUCUUGAGACUUCCAAAUUGUGCCCAGGAAGUCCUUCAUAUCCCAAAACGCUUCAUGGGCCUCAAGUUUUAUGUGUGUGCGUGUGUGUGUGUAUGUGGGAGGGGUGGGCAUGGGUCAGGGGGGCUCAGGAUGGUCUUGGUCAGUGGAGGAAAACAAGCACAAGUGUAAUCCACUCUCAAAGUCCAAUUCCUUUGUUUUGAUACCUAUAGUCAUUUUGUACUGUAAUGGCAUUAUGAAAACCGACACUGUUCCUUUAUGUAGUAGUUAUAGAAAUUUAACAUUUCUUUAUCUGUAAAUUCUAACUAAUGGUUACACAACGCUAAGUUUUAAAAGUUGACUGGAUUUUAUGUCGUCUACCACAUAAAAAAAAACAAAAGGUCACACUUUUCCUUAAGCAUGAAUACUGCUUAUAGUAUAGUUACUGAAUUAAAAAUAACAUGCACGCCACAAUGUAUUUAUUUACAUAUUUAUUAUGUAAUUGUGAUUUUCUUUUCUCCUAUCAUUUGCAAACAACAACAACAACAACAACAACAAAAAACUACUGCAGUAUUGGCUCAAUGGAGCUAGAAGCACAUACGUUAUCAUUACAAGACUUGUAUCCACAAAAAAAAAACACUUGGAUGUGAAAAGGGAAAAGGCGUGUUACACAGUGCUGUGUACCAUGUACAAUGUUGUGUCACAGUGUCAUAUACAUGAAUGUAUAGGAUGAUGGUGCACUUUACUUUGAAGUCUGUGGUGGAUGAGAUAUAGCUGUACAUACUUUAUUGUGCCUUUGAGGACUAAUCCUGGUGUUACACUUUGGCUGUAAAAAUAAGCAGAGCUUGAACUGGUCUUUGGUAACUUACUGUCCUCACUACUGUAGCAACUGAAAUUCAUUAAUCUAAUACAAACUUCAUUUAGAGUUCGCUCACUGAAUACCUGGAGUGAAAAAAAUCUCUGGCAGAUAAUAUUUCCAAUGUGUGCAUCACAGGACAACACUUCAGUUGUUGUCCAGGGAUAUGUAAAUUGUAUUUAAGGCCUACAACGCAUUACACUAAAGAGAUGAAUAUUUAUUUACAACGGACUAUGAAUCAGGCAGCAGAUGCAGCAGAUAUCCAAGGCACUCAGGCUUAAAGUUGAGCCCAGAUAUUCAGAUGUUCACUUGAGGAAAGGAAAUGACAGAAUACCGAAUAUUCCACAUAUACACUUACUGCCAACAAACACGCAGCUACAGUGUGAAUCGUCCACAGCUUAAACACAUAUUGCAUCACUCGCUUUACACCUUUGAUUAACGAGAUUCUCCACAGAGGUGGAGUUUGAUACAUUCCUCAUGACUGGCAGUAAGUUUCUAUAUCACGUUGUUUAUUGCUGUUCACGUUUUUACUCAAAUUAUUAUUCCUCUUGCCCCCUGCGGGGUAGUAUCCUUUCUCAAAUAUAUAGUAGUAUUUUGUAUUUUAUGACCAUUAAAAAAAAUGCUGAAUGAUGGCAAAGAACAAUCUCUGAUACUGCUGUUGUUACUGUGGGUUAUGAGGAAAUCUUUAUCAAAUGUGCUAUUCUUGUACUCAAUUGUGUUCUAACUAUUUUAAAUUUCUAUUUUAAAACUGUUGAUACUCUUGCUGUAAAGUCUGCUUUUCAUACAUGUGUCCAAGAACCAAAGGUUCUUUCACUUUCUGUUUUUAGUGCUCUUGUUGUAAUGUACAGUAAAUGGUGUACAAUUUACUGUGGUGGUAUAGAAACAGCCCUUUGUUCAUGGAAAAUAAAAAUAAAAUUCAAGUAAGUCAA